AUGGCAAGUGUUAAUAUUCAAUCAUUAUAUGCAACUGCUUCGACCAUUCUAUCGAAAACAAUGGGAAGCAUUGCAACAAACUUGCAGAAUAGUUUUUCUGUGGAUCCGUCGAAUGCGGGUGCUGACGCUUUACCUACCCUCAAUUUGAAUGACUCGCGGGACUCGCGAAAAAUCCACAUGCCUCAGACACGAAUAGGUUUAGGAUCGACCGAAGGCGAUCUAAUCUUCAUGGUAAAAAAAUACUUGGAAAUUGUUGGCCUAGUCUUCUUCGUUUGGCUACUUGGAUACUUUCACUUCAGCGUAUCGUGGAUAUUAUUAGCUGUAUUUAUAUAUUUAUUUCGUCAGCAACAACGAGCGAAAUCGAAAUUACGUCAUCGAAUGUUGAUGGAAAUCAACGAUAACGAAGAACAAUAUGUUAAAGCUCGUUUAGACGAGUUGCCGUCAUGGGUAUUUUUUCCCGAUGUUGAACGAGCUGAAUGGGUGAAUCGAAUAAUUAAGCAAGCUUGGCCAUAUGCGAACAAAUAUCUCGAUAAAAAUGUAUUUCAUGACAUAAUGAUUCCGUUGAUACGAGGAACAUCGUCGGCGUUGUCCGAUUUUAGCUUUGAAAGACUUGAUCUCGGUGAAGUUCCACCGAAGAUUGGAGGUAUCAAAGUGUACACGGACAAUGUUCGAGAUCAAAUUAUGAUUGACGUUGAAGUUUUUUAUGCUGGUGAUGCACAUAUCAAAGCAAAAGUGAAAGGAAUCGUUUGUGGAAUAAAGGACAUUCAAUUUGUUGGUGAACUUCGUAUUAUUUUGAGUCCGUUGAUUAAUACGAUUCCAUUAUUCGGUGCUUUGACAUACUUUUUCCUGAGAAAACCUACUAUUCAUUUCAAAUUAACCGACGCCGGUACAUUGGUAGACAUUCCCGGUCUUAAUGACCUGAUGCUUACCCAAAUCAAUGAUAUUGUGGCAUCAUUGAUGGUUUUACCCAACCGGCAGGUAUUUCAACUCGUCAGUGAUAUUCAAGUUGGUCAUUUGAGAUGGUCUAAUCCUCAGGGUGUGGUUCGUGUGUUUAUCAUCAAGGCACGUGAUUUAAUCAAAGCAGAUAUCAAUUUUCUUGGUAAAGGCAAGAGUGAUCCGUUUGUCAAAGUGAAAGCACAAGGAAAUGUUGAACACAGAACCAAAACAAUUGAUAAUACUACAGAUCCCGAAUGGAAUGAGGCAGUAUAUGACGAGGAUCCUGGAAAAGAUGACUUUAUUGGGAGAGCUCAAUUUCCUUUGAAAAACUUAUCUGAUACAGAUGCUGUGGAUGAAUGGUUGACACUGCAAGAUGUGAAGAAAGGUUUUUUAAACGUUUCCUUGCAAUACUUUUCUUUAACACAGCAAAGAUCAGCACUGGAAGCAAUAGAAAAGGCAAACAAUCAACUGAUGAAACGAGAAAAAUUGUCAAAAGCUUUGCUAGUCUGCUUUAUUGACCGUUGUUUGAAUCUUCCUCGUUCGAAAAAAGCACGUGAACCAAAUCCAUUCUGUCGCAUUAGAGUCGAGGGUCGCCAAGCAAAAACUCAUGCUCUAGAAAGCCAAACGAAUCCGAAGUUUGAGCAUGUUUCUCAACUUCUGUGCGUUAAUCCACUGCACGAAAAAUUACGAAUCGAUGUGUGUGAUGCACGAAGUAAUGAUGAUGUUAUUGCUUAUUUUGAAUUACCAAUCAAAUCAAUCUAUAAUGCAAAUUCCAUGACUAUUGAUACGCAAGCAUUUCCAUUGAAAAGUUCAUCUGAACCAUUAGACAGAGCGCAAAUUCUUCUUCAUUUAUCAUUAUUUAUUCUUUCGCCGGGACACUCAUUAAAUGAGGGUCGUUUCAGUCCAGUACCACAUUCACCGUCGGCUACUAGUUUACAUUCAUACGAUUUCUUGUCUUCAUCAGCAACAAGUGAAGUACUCGAUGCAAAACCUAGUACCACGAAAGAAUCACUCGAACGAAUGCCAUCAGCAGACGAAGCUAAGGUGAAAUCUAUCGCAUCGGCACUACCAUUCCAACCACCGUUACCCAGUACACCAAUACAGUCACCACACCGAUUGAUGCCUGAGAGAAAACCGGCGGUCAUAUCCGAUGAUCCUGACUUCAAAUCGACACCGUAUGGUCGAAUAAAACUCGGUAUUCGUUACACAGUGAAUCGCAAGUGUCUAUCAGUGAUUGUACUCUGCUGCGAAAAUCUUAUGAAAGUUCACGAACAUCAUUUACCUGAUCCAUACGUUCGUCUAUAUUUGAUACCAGAUUUCAAAAAAGAUACGAAGAAAACUAAGUCGAUUCACGACAAUUUCAAUCCAAAUUAUGACGAUUUAUUCGAAUGGUCAGCAUCGUUAGUUGAUGUUCGUCGUCAGCGUCUUUCUCUGCGUAUCAAAAAUAAUUCACCAUUAUUUGCUCAAGAAGAAACUUACAUGGGCGAUCUUCAAAUCGAUCUCUCAAAUCUCGAUCCAGAAAAAAACAGUAUCGCUUGGUACGCUUUGCAAGAGCCUAACACCAGCGGUGGAGGUAUUAUCAAGAUCAAAUAUGAUACAUUCGAAACAAACGAACCACGUACUCAACUCUAA